CUGCUGGGAUGUGCUCUUCUAUCGGUGGGUGUCUGGUUGAUAAUGGACGACAGCGGCCGUCACGUAGCCCAACGGAUGACGGUGAUGGAACCUAACGAGGAGUACCAGAUCAUCUACAGUGACACGGGCGAGAAAGAUUUGACGAGCAUCCUAUCAGUUGUCCUGGUCGUCUUUGGUAUCCUCAUCAUCAUCGUCACCUCCAUAGGCUGCUGCGGUGUCGUAAGGGGAAACACUUGUCUCCUAGGCACAUUUGCCCUGUGUUUGUUCAUUCUACUGAUAGCUCUUCUUGCUGUUGGUGCUUGGGCUUUUGUUAAAAAAGACAACGUGAACACUUUCACAGAUGAGCUGAGAAACAGAACAGAUACGAACCUAGACAAGGGUGUCCGGAUGUAUGACACCGAAGAACAAUCCAAACAGUUCAUGGACAGUGUUCAAAAGAGGUUUAAGUGCUGUGGAUCACACAAUGGAAGUGCCGACUAUAAAAUAGUUCCUCAAUCGUGUGAAAAGGAAAAUUACAACAAAUCAUGCAGUUCCGACUACUUUUUGUUUGUUGGCAACGAGAUUAGAGCGUUUCUACAGAAACGCUUCACAAUCAUUGCUGGGCUCUCCAUUGGCGUGGCUGUGUGUGUGGCUUUUGGCUUCGUGUUUACCCUGAUUAUGUGCUGUUUUGUGAGAAAAACAACAAGAAUACUGGUAUCCUAG